GCUUCAUGCUGACUGUCAUCACACUUAAAGAUGGAGCAGGAGAACACCCAGUAAGACUGUUUUCUGUUGUGGGAUUAAAACGGGUAGAACAAUCUACCGGGACAAGUUAAAAGGUGACUGCAGUUGAUUUGUUUGUGGCGCCUGAAGGGAAAGGUCAGACUGGUUUGGACUGCAGGAGCCUACAAGUUUGUUUGCUGAAAGAUGGAUAAAGAAAAGCAGGACCAGGCUGACGACAAGAUGGAUACAAAGCAACCAGUCACAGCCUGCCUGUUGAGCGCUGCCUUCUUUGGGGCCCUGGGCUCGUCCUUCCUUUACGGCUACAACCUCUCCGUGGUCAACGCGCCUGCUGUGUACAUUAAAGCUUUCUACAAUGAGACCUGGAUUGAAAGAUACGGGGAGCCCAUUUCAGCAGAGACGGUGACGCUGCUCUGGUCUAUUACAGUCUCCAUAUUCGCUGUUGGAGGCCUUCUCGGAGCAGUAUCUGUCUCUCUAAUCAUCAAAGUGCUGGGAAGAAAGGGAACCUUGUUGGUAAAUAACGGCUUCGCUGUCGUUGCUGCUCUGCUGCUGUCGUUGGGGGAAAUGUCAAGAUCUUUUGAGAUGCUCAUUGUUGGCAGAUUGAUGAUGGGAGUGGACUCUGGCAUAGCUCUCAGUGCCCUCCCCAUGUACCUGGGAGAAAUUUCUCCAAGACACAUCAGAGGCUCCAUUGGCCAGUUCAACUCCAUCCUGAUCUGCUUGGGGGUGUUCACAGGACAAGCGCUGGGACUGCCGGAGCUGCUUGGUCAGGAAUCAAGGUGGAACUACCUUUUCGCUUUCUUGGCGCUCCCAGCGAUGCUGCAGCUGUGUGUGCUGCCUUUCCUCCCAGAGAGUCCUCGCUUCCUGCUGAUGGAGAGGAGGGACGAGGCUGCGGCAAAGCGAGCGUUCCAAAAGUUUCUGGGGAAGGAAGACGUGUCCCAGGAGCUGGAGGAGGUCCACAUGGAGGCCCGCGCUCAGGACAACAUCCAGGCUGUGUCUGUGCUCCAGCUGCUGAGGAACCCAGCUGUUCGCUGGCAGCUCCUCACCGUCAUCCUCAUCAUGGCCUGCUAUCAGCUCUGUGGCCUCAACGUUAUCUGGUACUACACCAACAGGAUCCUCCGUGAAGCGGGCUUUGCUGAGCACAUCCUGCCGUACAUCACGCUGAGCACGGGGGCCAUCGAGACCCUGUCUGCCAUCACCUCAGGUUUGGUGAUAGAACGAAUUGGGAGGAAGCCUCUCCUCAUAUUUGGUUUCGGCGCCAUGGCUGUGUUCUUCAGUUUGCUCACGGUCUUCCUGAAUUUACAGGAAAGUGUGUCAUGGAUGCCCUACCUCAGUUACAUCUGUAUACUGUGUGUGAUCGCCUCCUUCUGCUCUGGACCAGGUGGGAUCCCCUUCAUCCUGACGGGGGAGCUGUUUGAACAGUCCUACCGGCCCGCAGCCUUCAUGAUCGCCGGCGUCGUUAACUGGCUGUCUAACUUUGCCGUUGGACUAACGUUCCCAUUUAUUCAAGAGAAACUGCAGUCUUUCGCCUUCCUGGUGUUCGUGGUGGUCUGCACCUUGGGAGCGAUCUACCUCUACUUCAUCCUCCCUGAAACCAAAAAUAAAACAUUUAUGGCUAUCAGCCAAAGCUUUGCCAAGAUUAACAAAACGCCAAUCCCCCCCGCUGGCCAAGAACUGGAGCUGGUUCUGUCUCUAAAUGGAGAUGCCAAAGAUGUUGCUAAGAUCGAGAGUUCCAUAUAACUGGACUAAACCAAUGAUGGAGAAGCAGGGUCACAAAUGAAAGUAUUAGUUGUUUUCACCUGUAGUAUUUAUUUGUCAAUGACUAAUGUAAUUAAAAUCAUGCCUUUAUGAAUGUGUUUUGUGCGAAACAUGUUAAAACAUGGUUUUUGUGUGACUGGAUUUUAUAGGGA